GAUCAAAUGCAUUAUACUGGCAUGCCACAGGCUAUUAAGGGUAAGAGUUGAUAUGAUUUAUUUGAUGAUGCAUCUCUAUCAAUUACAAGACAACGUCUACAUAGUAUACUUAACCUCUUAAGAUCUUUCGGCGAAACUUUCGGAGAUCUUUGAAACUCCCCACUUUCAACUCCACCCCACCCCCAUACCAACAUCGACACCAUCCCAGGAGAUUUCAUUCAUUCGAAAGCAUUAACAGUCUGCUCACGCGGUUGUUGAGACGCACGCAUGAACUACACAUGACCAAGAGGAAGAGAGGCAAAAUAAACACAAAGUUCACCAAAGGGACCAAAGACAAUUUGACCUGCAUACUUCACGGUUGGAAUUUUCUCUCCAUCAACCUCCAAGGUUUAGAACGGUGACUCAGCCCACCCUAGGAGUCUCUCCCGGUUCACAGCGUUCCGUAGAAGAGCUGCAUAUCCGCCUACACCUUCAGACUGCUGGCCCUGCUGAGUGGAGAUCUGGAGUUGGCCUCGCACAUUGAGGGAUGUCAGGAGGGUGUGGUGCACUGGGGGUCUGCUCCAGAGGCCUCUACAGCUGCUACUGGAAGCACUCCAGUGAAAGAAAGAGAAGAUGUGCUUGCUGUUGGUUCUCAUUCGUUGCCGUGGCGACCCUGCUCAGCUUGGCAUGGCUGCUCAUUUGGAUGGCUCUGUACAACUCCCGUGAUGACAUGAACACGAAGGCCUUUGAAAAAACAAACAAGUGGAUAAACUGGUUUAUGGUGAUAGUAAUCAUCUCUUCUGUGCUUGCCAUUUAUGCUUUCCUUCUGCUGUUAUUUGCACUUGUCCAGUAUGCCUUAAAGGAACCCUUGGACCUGCACUGUGUGCAUAAGGUGUUGCUGUCUGUAGGUCUUGUAAUAAUCUUUGCCGGGGUGAUGGGGAUAAGCCUUCAGUGGAAGAAGGAGUGGCCUACGGUGCCGUUGUUUCUUCAGGCCACAGCGCCCUUUCUUCAGCUGGGUGCUGUGCUAGCCUUGACCCUGCACAGCUGGCUGCUGAUCAAGAGUUACCACAGAGCUCAGAGGAAAGCGUCGAGGGCUUUCAUCCUGCUGUCCUGGGCAGCUGUCUCAUUGGCGGUGUUUCUCUGUCCUCUUCUCAUCCAUGACUUCUGUCCUUGCCUGCUGGAGGAACUUCCCCCAAAGCCUGCCCUGAUUGGACAUCGGGGUGCACCAAUGUUGGCCCCUGAGAACACCAUGAUGUCGUUCAGACGGAGCCUGGAGUGCAACGUGACUGCGUUUGAGACCGACGUGCAGAUCAGCAAGGAUGGCCGUCCCUUCCUGAUGCACGACAACACCUCACUUAGAAGGACAACCAAUGUAGAAGCCAUAUUUCCCCAGCACGCCACAAACAACACGCCAAGUGACUUUACCUGGGAGGAGAUACGGAGUUUGAGUGCGGGAAAAGGUUUUUGGGAUUUCCAGAAUGACCCCCUACAGAGGCCUCCUUCUCUGUCUGACACAGAGUGGUCAAAUGUCAGAAAUCAGAGUGUGCCAUCUCUUCGUGAACUCCUGGACUUGGCCAAGGAGCACAAUGUUUCAAUCAUCUUUGACCUCAAAAAUGAAAAACCCAACAACACUGAUGCCAACGUCACAGUACACACCAUCCUGGCAUCAGGCAUUGCGCAAAACCUGAUGUGGUGGCUCCCACCUGUUCACCGAGCAGAGGUUAAGGCAAUGGCUCCAGGCUUCCGCCAGGUCCUACGAGAAUUGCGGAGCAGAAAUGUGUCGGUGAACCUGUGGGUGGUGAAUGAGCCGUGGCUGUUCUCCCUGGUGUGGUGCUCCGGGGCCAGCUCCGUGACCACCAACGCCUGCCACCUCCUCAAAGACAUGGCCCAGCCACACUGGCAGAUGGAUCCCAUGCUGUAUAGGAUGAUCUGGAUUUCUGCUGACCUGGUGUCAGUGCUUGUGAUGUUUGGAUUGUUUCUCCUUCAAAGGUGCUGUCUCAGACAUUCUAAAGGGAAAGGAGGGCGAGGCGACAGAUUUUCCGCCUGGAACCAGAGAGAGCUAUCCCCCUUCUUGCCAUCUGAGUAAUUAAGGCCUGGCUGCGUUCCUGUAUAUUUCACGAGCCUUCAGAGAGAGAUGCUGUUCCCCCUCCCCUGUUCCCCCUCAUGUCUGUGAGAGUGAGAGUGUAAGUGUGUGUGUGUGUGUGUGUGUGUGUGUGUGUGUGUGUGUGUGUGUGUGCGCGCACGCAUUUAUGUAUGUGGCUCACAUGAAAAGAAUUUCAUUUCAAAUGAAAAGGACCAAUUACUGUGUUAUACAAAGAAUAUUUUAUGAACUCUUUAUUUCUUUAUCAUAUCAAGUACAGAGUGAUACCUUUGAUAUGCAUUGGAUGUAUUUAGUAUUUAAGCACAAUGGUUUAUAGUGAAGAUUUGAUCUGUUGUCGAAUGCCAUAGUGAAUUUAGAGAUCUCUCAGCGAGAGUGUAAUGAAACAAUAGGAUGCUGUCAAUAUUUUUAAUGAUAUCAUAAUUAUAUGAAUACAUUUUAAGCUUUUAAAGUUUUAUCUGAAUCUGUUAAAUAUGACAGACCUGACUUUUAACCUGUAACUUUUAGGUGUGUAAUUGAUAAACAGAUUUGGGUACUGAAUAUUGUUCUAUUUUAUACAUUUUAAAAAUAAAUGUUUUUAACAACACUGUA